CCAACUCAUUAGCAAUCAUAUCUUAAUACCAGAGCAGUAACAUUAACGAAGUUGUACCACAAAGACUUGACUACCCCUUCAGUAUUCGGCUGUCAAAAUGGUGAACGUUCUCAAGGGCGUCCUUGUAGAAUGUGAUCCAGCUAUGAAACAGUUCCUUUUAUACCUGGAUGAAACAAAUGCUUUAGGAACAAAGUUCAUUAUCCAGGACUUGGAUGAAACCCACGUGUUUGUCUUAGCUGAAUUGGUUGCUGUUCUUCAGGAGAAGGUUGGGGAGCUGAUGGAUCAGAAUUCCUUUCCUGUCACACAGAAGUAAAAUCUAUGGACUGUAAAAUGAUAUGGGUUCACAUGGAUUUUUCACUGUACAAACCUAAUUUAACUAUGUUCUAUAUCUCCUUAAAGGGAUUCUGUCACCUCGUUUUAGCCUAUAGAACUGCGGACAUGCACGGCUAGAUCGCUGCUAGCAUGUCCGCAAUAUACCUAUCCCAUA